UUUCAUUUUCAUGAUUUUCAUUUAUAUUUUCCCUUUAAUCAAAACGAGCUUUUUUUCAACGUGGUGAAUUGAAAAUAUCCAAUUUUUUCCCAACUUUUAGUUGCUCCAAGCCAGUUACUCCUUUUACACUUGGCCAUCGGCACCAGUUUUGGCCUGGUUCCUUUGGGAAAACCGUGCAGAUCUCAAAGGAAAAAGAGUCCUCGAGUUAGGAUCGGGCACGGCUUUGCCUGGAAUCCUAGCGGCAAAGUGUGGCGCUUCUGUUACUUUAAGUGAUUCGGCUACGCUGCCAAAAAGCCUCGCGCACACCAGAAGAAGUUGUCAGCUUAAUAAUUUGUCCAUUAACGAGCAAAUUAAAGUUAUCGGAGUCACUUGGGGGUUGUUUUUGAGCAAUUUGGAUUGCAUUGGACCCAUUGAUUUAAUUUUAGGUUCCGAUUGUUUUUUUGAACCAGCCACUUUUGAGGAUAUCAUCGUGACUGUUUCUUAUCUUUUGGAAAAUAAUAUUGGUGCUAAAUUUUUUUGCACCUAUCAAGAGCGCAGCAGUGAUUGGUCUAUAGAGCAUUUACUUGAAAAGUGGAAUUUAACUUGUAAAGUGCACAAUAUUAGCACCUUGGGUAGUCAGAGUGGCAUAGACAUUCACGAAAUUAUUGGAGGACUCAGUAUUCACUUAUUAGAGAUUUCUUGUAAGGUUUGAAAUGGCAGCUAAUGGUACUAAAUUUUACAAAUUAUUUGUGAGCAACUUACCUUGGACAGUGAGUCAUCAAGAACUUCGUCAAUAUUUCAGCAAAUUCGGUCCAGUUAAUGUUUGUACUGUUGUUUUUGAUAGAAGCACUGGUUUGUCUAAAAGGUUUGGAUUUGUAAGUUUUGGCAAUAGGCAAGGAUUUGAAGAAGCCCAGAGUGCACAAGAACACAAAAUCGAAGGCCAAAUUAUUCAGCUAGCUCCAGCCAAUCAGGAGAACAACAGUUCAGAAUAAAAUCGUAAAAUUAUUUCUAGUAGGAUUUAUAGUUGUUAGAUUUGAAAUGGCCGCUUUUGAGGAUGAUUUUAGUGAUUUAGUGGAACUAGGAAUUGAUGUAACUGAGGAUGAUUUGCAAAGUAAAUUUGAUAAAUGCACUAGGCAUUUAGAAGAAAAACAUGGGUGUCUGGAUAAACAAACACUCUCUACACUUUAUGCUCUAUUUAAACAAAGCACUACAGGCUCUAAGGUGCCUGACCCUAAAUGGGUUAAUGAGGAAUGUAAGGCAUUGGAAAAUUUAGAUAUUAUUGACCAGAGACUGGCCAAAAAUAAAUACAUUGAAAAAGUGCUCACAUUGUUUCCACAAUUUUCUUUUGAUGAAGCUGGCAGUGUCAAGAAAAGCUGGGCAAGAGUAUCAUCCAUGGUUCCAGAUCCAAAACCUUCAAACACAAACAUCCAAGAUUACAUUCGUGCUAAUGACAUCACAAAAGUGAAAGAAUUCCUCAUUAAUAUACCUGACAUAAAUGAGCAAGAUGAAGACGGUGUUUGUUUGGUACAUUAUGCUGCGGAUGUAGGAAGUAUUCCAAUGCUUGAAUUUUUGAUAAAAGAAGGUGCUUGUGUAAAUGCUAUAGACGAAUGCGGCCAAACGCCUCUGCAUUACGCAGCUAGUUGUGGUCAUAAAAACGUAGUCCAGUUCCUGUUGGGCAAAUGUGAUCCUAGUAUUGUAAAUGAAGAUGGUUUUCGCCCUGAAGAGGUUGCCACUGAUGACGACAUCAAGGAAAUUAUACUUAAUUUUAGUUCUUCUAAAUAGUGUUGGCCAUUUUGAUUUAUUUUAAUAAAAAUGACGAGGAUUAAUUUUGCUUUUGCUUGAAUAAUGCAGAAUAAAUAUCACACUAUGUCUAUGAUGAUAAAUAAUCCGUAGCACUUCUUCCAAAGUUAUCCUUUAUGGAUAGAUCAGCUCCAAGAGUUUUCAAAUGUUCACAAAUUUCUCUCAACCCUUUUCUUGCAGCACAAUGAGCAACAGUCCAACCAUUUUUGUUCUGGAAAUUUAUCUCACCAUUCAAUUCACUUAAAAUAUAGUUAAUCACUUGUAGACUGUUUUGACUAGCUGCCAAGUGCAAUACACUAAAAAACAAAGAUUUGCAAACCAAUUUUAAAUCAUGACAUACUUAGAAACCUUAAAUCACUGUUAUUUUUCGCAUAAGUAUCAGCUCCAAGUUCUACUAACACAGCAGCUAUUUUAAUAUGUUGUCCUAAAAUAGCUUCAUGUAAAGGUGUAUUGCCACAGCUAUCUUUUGAAUCUAUAUCGAUGUAAGUAAUUAGUUUUGAUAUAAAGCCAAUAUUUCCAUGGAGUGCUGCAAUAUGUAAUGGUGUUCUCCCAUUUUUUGUUUUAACAUUGACCUACAAAGAAACCUUUAUUGCUAUUAGACUUUUUUAUGUUUAGGUAUCUACUUGAAGUCCAUGCUCUAAUAAAUAGUCAAAUAUAUCUUCUCCACCUUCUCUUGCUAAAAUAUGCACACAAGUCCACCCAUCUUUAUUAGGCAAAUUGACUUGGGCACCUCGUUUGACCAAAGCCUUUGCAAUAAGUAAAUUACUCUCAGAUUGUACUUUAGUGCAGGCAAGCAUCAAAGCUGUCCAGUCGCCCCUUCUCAGCGCAUUUACAUCAGCUCUAAAUGAGCACAGUUUCAAAAUACUUUGAAGCUGAGCAAACUGAGCCGCUUCAUGUAAAGCAGUUUUGUCAUCUUUAUUUCUCACGUUAACUGCACAAGGGUAGAAUUCGUCGAGUAAAUAGUGGAUUAUUGUUACGUAGCCGAGUCUCGCAGCUACAUGUAGGAUGGUGUCCCCAGUUUUUUCGUAAGAUAUGGAGCUCCAAUGGAAGCAAGGAUUCUCCAAGUUGAAACUCUGUAAAGUAGAAAUAUCACCGUGUUGAACUUCUUUUAAUAUUUUUUCUUGAAGCUUUUUGUUCAAUUUUAAACUGGCCAUUAAUACUAUCAAAUUCUAGUUUAAUAGUUUUAUAAUAAAUUAGAUUUUUUCAAAUUAUCAAACCUAACCUACCUAAACUUUCAUCAAAC